AUGCUCGCCCAAAGACGCCUACUAUCAUCCCUGGGGACGUUCCGACAGUUCUCUUCUUCCGCCAGAUUGUCUCUGGAUUUAGCACACCAAGUAUACCAUAACCCCCAGACAUCUGGAGCUGCUCGACCCGAUGGACGGCCGAUUAUAUUCAUACAUGGCCUUUUUGGAUCCAAGCAGAAUAAUAGGGGUAUGAGUAAAGUUCUCUCGAGCCAGCUCAACUCUGCGGUUUAUGCCAUUGACCUUCGAAAUCAUGGCGACUCACCCCAUGUGCCGAAUCACACGUAUCGGGACAUGGCAGAAGAUGUUGAAAAAUUCAUAGACAACCACAAAUUGGAAAAACCGGUCCUUCUGGGGCAUUCGAUGGGGGCAAAAGCAGCAAUGCUCCUUGCUCUUCGUUCUCCAGAUCUGGUGUCUGCAGUCAUCUCAGUCGACAACUCUCCGACUAGCACUCGACUGAGUGAAAGCUUUCCAUCAUACAUUAAAGCUAUGCAAGAAAUUGAGAUGGCCAGUGUAACCAAACAUAGCGAAGCAGAUGAAAUCAUGCAACGUGUUGAGCCGUCCCUGCCUAUUCGACAGUUCCUCCUGACAAAUCUUGUCCGGCAGCAGGGUGAUCGUACAUUACGGUUCCGAAUCCCCUUGGAUAUCCUUGGAAAGUCUCUGCCAUCGUUGGGCAGUUUCCCGCUGACUGAAUCUGAUGACGUUCAAUUUAACGGUCCAGCUCUUUUCCUUCGUGGAACUCGAAGUCGCUAUAUCAAGGACACGUCGUUUCCUAUAAUUCAGCAUUUUUUCCCGAAUUAUAAGGUGAUGGACAUUGACGCUGGCCAUUGGCUUAUAUCGGAGAACCCUGAAGCUUUCGCGACAGCUGUUGUGGAUUUUAUGAAAGGGUUGCCUUGA